UGUGUUAGGAGUUUUGAAUAUGGUGAGUGUAGUACUUUUCAAGGAGAGGAAGAAGAUCCGCUUGAUAAAUUUUGUCCUCAUCAUGAGACGGUGCGUCUUUCAGCCGAUUGGGUUAAUUUGCUUAAGUGUGUUGGUCAAGAGUUCAGAGAUGGUGUAGAUGAUUUUAAGGCUUGUUUGUCCAAAUAUGCCGUUGAAGUUGGUUUCAAGUAUAAAUAUCUGAAAAAUGACAGAUCAAGAGUAACGGCCGAGUGCUGUAAGAAGUUGGAUGGUUGUACAUGGUUUAUUCACGCAACUUUAGAAAGAUCGAAUAAUUUUUUUUGUUGUCAGGGAGUUUCACAAAGAGCACAACUGUCUUGGUACAUUUUUUAGUUCAAAAAAUCCUCGGAUGACCUCAAAAAUUAUUGCCAAAGAAAUUGUUGAGGAGGUUCGUUCGAAGCCAUCUUAUACACCGAUAGAGUGUUUGAAACAUUUUGAGGGACGAUAUAGUUGUUUGAUUGGUUAUUACCAUGCAUGGUUAGCAGUUGAGAAAGCAAAUAAGGAGCUAUUUGGUGAUUUUCAAUUAUCUUUUGACAAACUCCGCUGGUAUGGUGAGGAAUUAAAGGAGAAAAACCCGGGGACUGUUAUGGAUGUGGAAUAUUGCAAUGAGACUAAUCGGUUUAUAAGGUUUUUCCUGGCGUUUGAUGCAUGCAUUAAAGGCUUCAACUAUUGUCGUCCUAUUUUGGCUGUUGAUGGUACCUUUUUGAAGGGGAGAUACAAAGGAACGCUUCUCUCAGCUAUAGGAAAGGAUGCCGAUCAAGGAUUAUUUCCUCUUGCUAUCGGUGUUGUUGACUCUGAGACAGAGGCAAAUUGGCAAUGGUUUUUGGAGAAGCUGUCGAUAGUUAUUACGUGUUCUCGGCCUCUUACGUUCUUUACAGAUCGUCACUCUGGUCUUGUAAAGUAUGUGCCUACAAUUUUCCCAACUGGUUAUCACUCUUACUGCUUGCAGCAUUUGAAGGGAAACCUUAGGGAUAAGCUUUCAGAUCGACUCUCGAAUGGGUUUAGGGAGAAAGUAGUCAAUCUUUUCAAUGAUUGCGCACAUGCUCCUACUGUGAUAACUUUUGCCAAGGCUCUUGAAGAGCUAUGUACUGUUGGUGGAGCGAGUGCAAAGAAUUUUGUUGAGUCAUUGCCGCUUGAGAGAUGGGCAAACGUGUACUUUGAAGGUAGACGAUAUGGUGAAAUGACUUCAAAUGCAGCUGAGUCAUUUAACAACCAGAUUCUUAAAUUCCGUCAUUUGCCAAUAUGUGAGUUUGUUGAUAAGGUAAGGGUGCUAAUCAUGGAGCAGAUGUGUAACAGGAGACUACUAUCAAACAAGUGGAGCAGCUAUGUUUUUCCUGUAAUGGAGAAAAAGUUGAUUGACCGUUUCAAUAAAGGUCGAACUUGGCAUGUGGCAGCAGCAAACGAUGAUAUUUUUGAGGUUUUUUCUCAGCCGACUGUUGUGGUCGAUCUUAAGAAGAGGACAUGCACGUGCUGUCGUUGGCAACUUCAUCUUUUUCCAUGUGUGCAUGCUGUUACAGUUAUUCAAAAGACAGAAAAGCAAAUGUACGAUUAUAUUGAUCCCUAUUAUACCAUCGAGGCUUUCCAAUUGUCGUAUGAAGGUACUAUAAACCCGGUCCCCACUCUUGGAGCUCCGGUGAUCACGAAAGAAUCUGCCAUCAUUCUUCCUCCUAAAACGAGGAGGCCACGUGGGAGGCCAAAAGUUGGGAGAAUCCGAUCAAGGGGUGAGAAAGUAAGGCAAAUGUUGUGCGGGAGGUGUGGGAAGUUAGGCAAACACAACAGAAGGACUUGCAAAGAGGCCGUUGAUUGAUGAUUCUUUAAUUGCUAUUCUUACGUUUUCUAGAUAUACUUUGUAAUUGACUUUCAUUUGGAUAUAAAUCGAGGUGGUUCAUUUACUGCAGUCAUUUUGUGUAUCUAAUUGAAUGUUGGUAUAACUGUAUCUGUUUUAAAAAGGUAUAUUGGUAUAUGUGUAUCUGUUUUAUGUUGGUG